AGAACAACGUGCAGGAAGGCAAAGCAAGGAACAACGCAACGGUGACGGGCAACUCGGGGCUGAUUUGUAUCAAAAAAAGAAAUUCAGAAGGUUUAUAAUUAAACGCGCCUACUUAUACAGUGCAUUUAACAGCUAUAAAGCACGACUGGAUACAGUCCCUUGCAACUCCGAUUAAGGCUAGAAAACUUUCUUCAGAUCUCGCUCGUGGCUUAAGGGGGUGAUCAUGAUCCACAAUCCAAGAAUACCUGGCCAAGACAUUGUUAUGCAGAAUAUAACAACACUCCAAUAACAGGAAAUUAUUUCUUCAUGUUCUACCUUUCAAGAGAAUUCAGCCAGUCUAAUGGUAUAGUUUUAUGCAAGACCAGUGGGAUACACUCAACAUGAAUAUUAAAAUCAUUUAUGAAUUGUGACAGUUGGACAUCAUUUCUUGAUCUUUCCUUUUAGUUGCCUUAAAAACAUCCACACACCUGCAAGUUAUUUGUCUAAUACCCAAACUUAGUGUUCCAAGAAUCAACAUCUUGUGGAUGCAGAACCUUUAAACCGAAGGCCCAGUUUUGUUGACACUGAAGUUGCCUCCGUGUAUGUGUAUGUUUGUGUGUGUUACUGGAAAUCACUGACUGCUCAGAUGGAUCGCCUGGAAUUGCAGAAAGUCAACACAGAACUUGAUGAAGAGAGCAACAGUGGAGACAGCACUGAAGACAAUGAUGCAGAUAUGGUUGAUCCAGAGAAGGCUACUAUUAGCAGCCACUUUGUUGGUGAUGAUGCAGAAAGCCAGAAGUUUCUUGCUAAUGGCUUCCUGGGUAAAAAGAAAAUGGAAAGUUAUACAGAUGAAUAUCAUCCAGGAAAUAUUUCAUUUGGUAUUUCGGCAUUUAAUUUAAGCAAUGCCAUCAUGGGCAGUGGUAUUUUAGGGCUAUCCUAUGCCAUGGCCAACACCGGAAUUGUCCUUUUUAUAAUCUUACUCUUCAGUGUAGCACUAAUGUCACUCUAUUCAGUACAUCUAUUACUGAAGACAGCCAAAGAAGGAGGCUCGCUAAUAUAUGAAAAACUAGGUGAAAAGGCAUUCGGAUGGCCUGGAAAAAUUGGUGCUUUUGUUUCUCUCACAAUGCAGAAUAUUGGAGCAAUGUCAAGCUACCUCUUUAUUAUUAAGUAUGAACUGCCAGAAGUAAUCCGAGCAUUUUUAGGACUCGAAGAUAAUUCUGGAGAAUGGUAUCUGAAUGGCAACUAUCUUGUAAUAUUUGUGAGCAUUGGAAUUAUUCUCCCCCUUUCACUACUAAAAAAUUUAGGUUAUCUUGGUUAUACAAGUGGAUUUUCGCUUACUUGUAUGGUAUUCUUUGUCAGUGUGGUAAUCUACAAGAAAUCCCAAAUAGCCUGUCCUCUCCCAGUCUUGGACAAUAAUGUUGGCAACUGGUCCUACAAUGAUACUGCAGUUCCGCUACAUGUAGUGGUGUUACCAAAUGAUUCUGCUAAUUUGGAAUUAAAUUUGAUGAUGGACAGCACUAACAAACAAUAUUCUUCAGUUUUUGAAGAAACCAAAACUAAGCUACAUCAAAGUGGAGUAGAAUAUGAAGCCCAUGGAGAAGACAAUGACAAAUGCCAAGCCAAGUAUUUUGUGUUUAACUCACGGACUGCCUAUACAAUACCAAUUCUGGCAUUUGCAUUUGUAUGCCAUCCGGAAGUAUUACCUAUAUACAGUGAACUUAAAAACCGAUCUCGAAAACGGAUGCAAAAUGUUUCCAAUGUCUCCAUCAUGGGAAUGCUCAUCAUGUACCUCCUCGCUGCCCUUUUUGGCUAUCUUACUUUCUAUGGUGAAGUAGAAGAUGAGUUGCUUCAUACAUAUAGGAAGGUUUACACCUUUGACACUCUGCUCUUGAUGGUUCGUCUUGCAGUUCUUGUGGCUGUGACUCUCACUGUACCAAUAGUCCUAUUCCCAAUUCGUACAUCUCUUACCACACUCUUGUUCCCCAGAAGACCUUUCAGUUGGAUAAGACACUUCCUCAUUGCUAUUGUUAUUCUUAUAUUUAAUAAUCUUUUAGUCAUUUUUGUCCCUACUAUUAAGGACAUCUUUGGAUUCAUAGGUGCCUCUGCUGCAACAAUGCUGAUUUUUAUUUUACCUGCUGCUUUUUAUCUUCGGAUUGUCAAGAAAGAGCCUUUGAGGUCACCUCAAAAGAUUGGAGCCCUGAUUUUCCUCAUUGUUGGCAUAAUCUUUAUGUUUGGGAGCAUGACUCUAAUUCUCUUGGAUUGGAUUUACAACUCUUCACAUUCCAAUCAGCAUUAAUUUGGAAGGAAAUUGUUUGUUUUUCUUUGCCAUCGAAGUGGUUGAAUUUCAUUAGCCAUGUGCAAGCAAACAAACAAAAGACUUUAGACUAUAGAAGUGGACAUUACUUCUAGUCAAUGGUAAGAUUCCAAAGACUUUGUUAAUAUCACUAAAUGGACCUAAGAUGAAUUAAAUCCCACUUUGGAUUGGGAAGGAUGGUUAUUUAUGCAUUAUUACCUGUGCCCAUUUUUGGGGGACCAGAACAGAAUAAAAAUGUGAAUUGUGAAGAUGCCUGGAUCUAAUUAUGUAUAUAGUACCCACAAAGACUGUUACUUUGGUUUUGAUAACUACUAUUUCUAGAAACUAGAAAAAAAAGUUGUCCAGAAGUGGAGAUUAUAUAUAUUCACAGUACCAAUAAUCUAUGUACAUAAAGAAAAAUGAAACUAUUAUUUUAAAUGACUAACUAUAACUUUUAUAAGUACAUUCAAAACAAGAGCCGAGGUGGCGCAGUGAUUAGGGUGCAGUACUGCAGCUACCUCAGCUGACUGCUAGUUCAGCAGAUCAGCAGAUCAAAUCUCACCGGCUCAAGAUUGACUCAGCCUUCCAUCCUUCCGAGGUGGGUAAAAUGAGGACCCAGAUUGUUGGGGGCAAUAUGCUAAUGCAAUAUGCUAAUAUGCAAUAUGCUAUAUGCUAACUUUGUAAACCGCUUAGGGAGGGCUGUAAAGCACUAUGAAGCAGUAUAGAAGUCUAAAUAAUUUUUUUAAAAAAAAUAUAUAAAAACAGCAUCAAUUUCUGAAAGUAUUUCACUUACUCAUCAAUAAAUUACAUUAAUUAUAGGAGUGUCCACUACGGAAAGUGAGCAAAUGUGAUCUAUUAAAUAAAUGAACUAUUUAUUAUGCUAACUUUUAAUAAUAUUGUUUAUUACAAAAAUUAACAACGGCUGUGGGAUGAAAAAGGCCCCUUUUCUCUGCAGCUGUGGUUUAUAGAGAGUAUUCAGGUCUAUGGAUAGUUAUAAAUGACUAUCAGAAUUCUCCCAUUUAUGGAACUGUACUCAAAAGAUAAAUUAAAUCUUAGCCAGCCAAAACUGUCCCUACUAUUUACUGCUACCAAAGUAUACUUAUUAUGACUUGUAUUAUGUUGUCAAAAAUGAGCACUCUGUCCCACCAAUAAAUUUAAAAGUUUUUAUAGUGAGUUUCUCUGUUUCUCGUGGCUAAUAGAUUAAUCUUCAAUAUGAUGUCAAUAAUUGCAUAAUAAGGAUGUCUAAUCAUGACAACCGGAAUGGGCUCAGAUGCAGAAAUAGGCUGGUUGUAGUUGGAUUUCUAUAACAAGUAUAUAUAACAUGUAUCAAACUGAUACUGCACAUGUAAUUUUGUUUUGAUGUUAAUUAUUUAACAAACUGGAACUUGGUUUGUAAUUUGUCUUCCACAGUAGUUCAAACUGAUUUAACACAAUCACCUAGAAUAUGAAAGCACACCAGCUAGUAUUUGUAUUUGAUAAUAUAGACAGUACAGCACAUUAUAACCAUUGAUGUAUUUGUUCUAUAUACUGUAAAUAUGUAUGUACAUAAUGUUAUUCUUUAUCAAAAGUUCCUGCAUGGUUUAAUGUUUCGAUUUUAAUAUAUACAAUAAGUUUCGAUAGUUGUUGCUUUAAUAUUCCCAAGCGUGAUACUAUUUAGAUUCAGCACUGUUUUAAUGAGCUCUAAAAGCUUCAUUUCUCCAAUGCAUUGUUAGAAAUUUCUGAAAAGCCCAGGAUAAUACUAAAAUAAAAUGAAGCAUCAAAUGUUACUAUAAUAAAUGAUAAUAAAAUUAAAGGAUGAAAGAUUUAUCUUUAUUGAUCUGUUGUACAAAGUGUCGUAUUAUUUUGAACUACAUAAACUAUACCUGCAAUUUGGUUUAAGGGUUCACAUUUAUUUUCCACACCUAUUGUGCUACUGAUUAUGACUUUGGUUAAGACUGACAUAUUUUCUAGAUACUCUGAUAUGAAAAACAGUAGCUUUUACAGUAUUAAUCCCUGUUAGAUCCCUGUUUAUACAAAUAAAUAAAUUACUGAGCUUUUAUAUUGUUAGGUUUGUCUAUUUUCCAUCAUUCCCAGUAUGUUGUACUGUCUUAUUCAAGACCAAACUGAUCUCUUGGCAAAGAUUUGUUACAUUUCAAAGCAAAUGAUUCCCUAAAUUCUAUUUCCUUUAUUUUUUUGAAUUUAGGGGAUCAUGUGCUCUGAAAUAAAGGAAAUUGUGUGUUAGAUGUGGUUGGCAGGCAUUUGGCAAGCUAAGCAUAAUUUUCAAGAACAACCUCUCCCUAUGCCUAAAGAGAAAAAAUAUCGAUCAGUAUGUGCUAUCUGCUCUAACAUGGACACUAACCUUACAGCCGAUACAAAAGCUAUGAGUGGCGCAAAGAGCCGUGGAAAGAUACAAGCUCGGCAUUACAAGACAAGAUAGAAAGUCCUGCACAUGGAUUAGAGAACAAAUGAAAGUAUACACAAUACCAUCAAGAGAGUAAAAGAAUUGAAAUGGAAAUGGGAUGGUCACAUAGCAAGAGGAACUGAUGGCAGGUGGACCAAGGCAGUUAUAGAAUGGAUCCCACUUGAUAAAAAGUGUCCAUGAAAGAGAACUAAAACAAGAUGGAUCGACGAAAUCAGCAAGUAUUGCGGGCCCAAUUGGCAAAAGAAAGCUCAGGACUGUAUAGGUUGGAAACAUGUGGAAGAGGCCUUCAUCCUGCAAUGGAUAGACAAUGGCUAAGAAGAUGAUGAUGAUGAUGAUCCCCUAAAUUAAAAUUCUGCUGAAUUUUGCUUUCCAGAAAUUUAAGUAUGUUUGUACCUCCAACACUGAAAGCAAUGAUGUAUAAAAUACAUAAUUGUGGGCUAUUUGUAUUAUCUUAUUAAGAGGAGUAUUUUAAAAGAAGAUACAAUGUUGUAUUUUCUAAUAGUCUGAAACUAAUAUCUUUAAAUGUGCAUAUUGGACCAUUACUAUUGAAUAAAAUUUUUAGCACUGGGAAA